AUGGCUCUGCAACAAUCACAACAAGUCUCGCCCGCCGAGUCUCUCCUCUCGGCUCCUAGCGAGAACUACACUUCGCUCUUCUCCGAGUCGAGCAGUCCCGACAACAGCCUCACCAUCGACCCCAUGGAGAUGAUGACACCCCAAUCAUAUGCCGGCGACAAGUCGGACAGGCUAUCACCCGUCGCCGAAGACGACGAUGACGAUGAAACUGGCGACAAGAAGCCCACCAAGAAGCGCAAGUCCUGGGGCCAGGUUCUCCCUGAGCCCAAGACCAACUUGCCCCCUCGCAAGCGGGCUAAGACUGAUGACGAAAAGGAGCAGCGUCGCGUCGAGCGUGUUCUUCGCAACCGCCGAGCCGCCCAGUCUUCUCGCGAGCGCAAGAGACUCGAAGUCGAGGCCCUCGAGAAGCGUAAUCAGGAGCUCGAGACGAUGCUCCACAACGCUCAAAAGACCAACAUUCUUCUCGCCGAGGAACUCGAUCGAUUCCGCCGCGACUCUGGCGUGGUCACUCGCACGUCAUCGCCCCUGGACUCGCUCCGUGAUAACCAAAUAUCUCUAUCCCCCGAGCUCUUCAGCUCCCACGACGGUCACACCGCCGAUGCCGAGUCUAGCCAAAAACUGGUUGAAGAACUCCUCAUGACAGCCAACCCCACUGUUAACCCUGUCGCCCUCUCUCCCGAACUUGGCCCCAAGAAGGAGCCCGUCGUCAAGUCCGAGACCAUGGAACAGACCGAGACCACCUCUCCCGUCCUGACACAACAUCCUGCCGAGAUGUUGUCUGACCUGCAGUGUCACACGUCGGCGGAGGUGCCCAAGUCGUUCCAGAACUCGCAGACUCCGAUGUCGCCUCUUUUGGCCUGGACUCUACAGCUCAGGAUGCUGCUCCUUUCAGCAUCGGCGAUGAUUUCGGCCUGUCAACGGCCGCUGACACAGAUCGCUAUGUCCUCGAAAGCGGGCUUCUCGCUUCUCCCAACUCCUCAACUUUUGACGACGAUUAUAUGGAACCAAACCCAAAAUAUAUAA